AUGAGCCAGGGAAACUUGGAUCCAUGUCAGAGGAAGGGGAUAGUCCAAGUCUCAUUGUGCCGCUGCUUUUGGGCACAAAGGUUUCUGGGGAGAAGGAACAGUCAGUGCUGCAGACUUUUGCAAGGAGUGAGGCCAGAGGAUUCAAGCAGUGAGAAGACCAGACCAGACCCGCCAAUCGUGACCUGUGAGCGGCGGACAGAUAAGGCGCAAUGGAGGGAGAGAACGGCCAUCUGCGAGCUCUGCUGCACUGGAGGCAGUCUCCAUGGCAACAUGGUGCUCCCGCAGCAAAAUCCUGCAAAGAGUCUGGUCCCCACCCCCAUCAUACGCACAGUGACGCUCACGCACCAGGAGGACUGCGAACCAUGGAGGUCUCUGUCUCCCUAA